UUACCCUGUGACCGAAAACACAGAGUUAGACUCGACUCUUCAGCAGCCCAGGGAAGGAUGGCCAGCGCGGUCGGCUGAACAGAGGAACUGUGUGCUCCUUCUGGGAUGGAGAACUCCCAAACCCCUGUCGGCAGACGCACAGCCAGCACCUGUGGUUGGAGAGCUGUCUUUCUGCCUCAGCUGAACAGGCAGUCUCUAUCUGUGUACGGUAGCGAGAUAGCUGUGGAGAAGGAAUGUAUACGCCAGCUGCAGAGUGGAGUCUGGGUCAUCCACCCAUUCAGCCCCAUAAGGAGUUACUACAUCAUGUGUAUGGUUGCCAUCACAUUCCUGAAUUUGAUUGGGAUCCCCAUGGAGAUAGCUUUCUUAGAUGGGUACAGUGGAGUGGGCUGGGAAGGUUUCAAUGUCUUCUCAGACACUUUGUUUCUGAUGGAUGUGGCUCUGAAUUUUCGCAUGGGUAUCAUCUCUGAGGACAGUGAGGUGGCUAUCCUGGAUAUCAAAAAGAUCAGUGUGAUUUACCUAAAGAGUUGGUUCAUACCAGAUGUGAUUGCAGCAUUCCCAAUUGGCUACAUACUAUUAAUUGCGGAGUUACAAUCCCACAGUGACACCUCCACCUCAGGUUCCAAAGCCAGUAGAAUGGUCCGGAUCCUCAUGUUUGUCCGAAUCAUCAGCCUCGUCAGGCUCCUCAGAGUCUCCAGGCUUGUCCGCUUCUUCAAUGAAGUUGAGAAGGUUUCAAAUGCCAACUUGGAGUAUGUUCAGCUGUUCUUCCGCAUACUGUCUUUGUUCAUGAUGAUGUUCCUGCUAUGCCACUGGAACGGCUGUAUCCAGUACUUUGUCCCAAUGCUGGAGGAGUUCCCAUCUGACUGCUGGGUCAGACGAGAGAAGCUGAUGAAUGCCACAGUUGGUGAGAAGUAUUCCUUUGGAGUGUUUCGGGCUCUCUCGCAUAUGAUCCAAAUAUCCUAUGGAUCCACGGAGUCACCAACAAAUGAGGUGGAGCUGUGGGUGGUCAUGACCAGUAUGCUGUCUGGGGCUCUAAUGUACACUGUACUGGUGGCCAACGCUACUGCCAUAAUAACCAACGUAGACCAAGCAGCAAAGGCCUACAAGAACAAGAUGAAUCAUCUAGACGACUACAUGACCUUCUUGAAGCUUCCUAACGACCUUCGGCUUCGUAUCAACAAGUACUACGGGGCCCGCUAUGGGGGGAGAUGGUUUGAUGAGAAGAACUUUCUCAUUUCAGUCUCCUCAGCUUUGAGAGAGGAGAUUCUGAUGGUGAUGUGUUCGAGCCUGCUGAACAAUGUACCCAUGUUCCAGAACCGAGAUGUCAACUUCCUGAACACCGUCCUCCUCCAGUUUCAGCACGAGGUCUUCCAGGAGGAUGAUGUCAUCUUCCACCAGAACGCGCCCGGAGACCGCAUGUUCUUCAUCGAGCACGGCCAGGUCCUGGUGGAGACGGACUCAUUCCCGAAGGAGCUGGCUGACGGAGACUACUUUGGAGAGACCUGCCUCAUGACCAAAGGAAAGCGUUUGGCCACGGUGCGAGCUCUGACCACGUGCCAGCUCUUCUCCCUGUCCUCAGACCACUUCCAGAUGGUUCUACAGAGCUUCCCUGAUAUAAGGAGGGACAUGGAAAAGUUUGCACAACAGGACAAGGAAGAUGUGAUAUAUCUCUAGUACAGUGUGCCCAUUUAUGUGACCACUUAUGUAUAGUGUAGCUUAGACUUGGUACUGUGUAGACUGGUCUAAAAUUGUAUUAUACUUUAUAUGUAUACGUGGAAUUUAGCAAAUCCACGUAAACAUGUUUAGCUUUGCAUCAUACAACCCAUAGUCUGGAUUACUAAUAGUUAUACUCUAGAUCUGGGUGGAUCCCAAACGCCACACAAUAUUGUUGCUUUAACUGAGAGUGCAUUUCAGGACAGGCAAUGAUUUAAAUACUUUUUUUGUUUUUCUAAUCCUUUAUUGUGAAGAAAUGUCAGUUACAUAAGACAAGGUCAAUUUGGUUAAAUUUGGAAACUAUGAAACAGCA